AUGAGCGCCGCAUUUCGCCCGCCGCUGCGGACCCUGUCCAGCCUCGCGCCAGUAGUUCGAACAUCAACAGCCUCGAUUUCUAGCGCUACCAGUCUGACAAGCUCAUUGCGCACGACUUUCUCGCCUUGCAAAUUUACCGCCCAGUCAUGGAGACCUCGGCCAUGUGAAUCGAUCUCGGGGGUAGCCUGGUCCAGGCGCUCUUUCGCCACGAGAGCCUCGCCCCUCUUGUCCGCGGAGACACAUCAGAACAAUGGUCCGAAAGUUAAGCCGCCUAAGUCGCGGAAAGCACUUGUAUACUUGAUUGCUCUGGGUCUUCUCGGUGUGGGUGGGGUGGUCUACUCUCACGAGAUCAAGCAUGCAUACUACGCGGCGGGACGAAGUGGUCGUGUGGUCAGCACAUUGGCUGUCUGUAUUAACGAUUACCGUGUUACCCUGAAAAAAGAAUUCCCUUCCCCCGAAGAACGUGAUGCCAACAUCCGCGCAUGCCACAAGCGAUGCGCCGAGCGCACGCUCCGUGUACUUGAGAAGAACGGAUCUAUUUUCAUCAAGUUGGGCCAGCAUAUCAGCAGCAUGAGCUACCUCCUCCCGAUCGAAUGGACUGAAACCUUUAUUCCGCUCCAGGACAAGUGCCCGGUGUCUUCUAUCGAGUCAGUCGAGGCGAUGUUUGUUCAGGAUACCGGCCAGACAAUCGAUGAGCUGUUCAGCUCGUUUGAUCCGGUGCCUACUGGUGCUGCAUCGCUUGCCCAGGUGCACAUUGCCACUCUAAGAGAAACCGGCCAGAAAGUCGCUGUCAAGGUCCAGCACCCGGCACUGGCUGAGUGGGUGCCUCUGGACCUUGCGCUGAACCGAUUCACAUUUGCCAUGCUUAAGCGCUUCUUCCCGGACUAUGAUCUGGAGUGGUUGUCUAAAGAGAUGGAUGAGUCCCUACCGAUUGAACUGGAUUUCCGUAUGGAAGCUCAGAAUGCCACUUUAGCCAGCGAGUAUUUCAAGAAACACUCUGAUGCUCCGUUGGUUAUUCCUGAAGUCAUCUGGUCACAACCGCGUAUCCUUGUCAUGGAGUACAUCGCUGGCCGCCGUCCUGACGACGUUGCAUUCCUCGACGCAAACAACAUCGACCGCGACGAAGUCUCCGCUGCCUUUGCCCACAUCUUCAACGAAAUGAUCUUCGGCGACAAUGCUCCGCUCCACUGCGACCCGCACGGCGGUAACGUUGCCAUUCGCCCCAACCCCAACCGCAGCCACCCAAACUUCGACAUCAUCUUGUAUGACCACGGCUUAUAUCGCAACAUCCCACGUGAGCUGCGCCGUAACUACGCCAAGCUCUGGUUGGCCGUUAUCGAUGCAGAUGUUCCGCGUAUGCGUGAAUACGCCCACAAAGUGGCCGGCGUUACGGAUGAGCAGUUCCCGCUCUUUGCCAGCGCCAUCACCGGUCGAGACUACUCCGUACUAACGAAGCAGAACGUUGUCUCUUCUCGUACUGCCGAGGAGAAGAAGGAGAUCUCCAACGCACUGGGCGAGGCUCGCAGUCUCGACGAAAACUUGCACACCCGCCAGGGUCCGAUGCGCACAUUCCUCAUUCUAGCUCGCUACGCCACCCGCACCGUCUUCGAGGAGCAAAUGGAGACGAUCCGGGAUUCCGGUGGUGUCUUUGCGAAUUUCUUCCGCUUCCUCUCCGCCUGGAUGGGUUACCUGCGUGUUGAGGUGAAGCUAUCUGUUUAUGAAACAGCUCUGAGCCUGAAAAGCCGAUUCGGUUUGCGAACCGGGUAA